AUGUGGAGGGUCACCGCCUUCGUGGGCGCCAACAUCGUGACGGCGCAGACCAUCUGGGAGGGCCUGUGGAUGACCUGCGUGGUGCAGAGCACGGGCCAGAUGCAGUGCAAGAUCUACGACUCCAUGCUGGCGCUGAGCUCGGACCUGCAGGCGGCCCGGGCCAUGGUGAUCGUCUCGGUGGUGGUGGGCGUGUUCGGGGCGCUCACCGCCAUCAUGGGGGGGAAGUGCACCAACUGCAUGGAGGACCCGACGGCCAAGGCCAAAGCCUGCGUCGUCGCGGGGGUGAUCUUUCUCAUCUCCGCCUUCCUGGUGCUCAUCCCUGUGUCCUGGUCGGCCCACACCAUCAUCCGGGACUUCUACAACCCCCUGGUGAACGCCGCCCAGCGCCGGGAGCUGGGCGCCUCGCUCUACCUGGGUCUCCAGAUCUUCGGCAUCUUCCUUGCCGCGGUGGGCUUCAUUGGGGACAUCAUCAUCUGUGCCCUCCCCAUGUGGAAGGUAUCUGCGUUCAUCGGCAGCAACAUCGUGACGGCCCAAACCUACUGGGAGGGCCUGUGGAUGACCUGCGUGCAGCAGAGCACGGGCCAGCUGCAGUGCAAGAUCUACGACUCCAUGCUGAACCUGCCCGCCGACCUCCAGGCGGCCCGGGCCCUGGUGAUCAUAUCACUCCUUGUGGCCGUCAUGGGGCUCCUGCUGGCCACCGCCGGGGGCCAGUGCACCAACUGCAUUGAGGACGAGGCGGCCAAGAUCAAGGUUGCCAUCGUGGCGGGGGUCUUUUUCAUCGUGGCCGGCGUCCUGUGCCUCAUCCCCGUGUCGUGGUCCGCCAACGAGAUCAUCCGCAACUUCUACAACCCCAUCCUAAUGAGCGGCCAGAAGCGGGAGCUGGGCGCGUCCCUCUUCAUCGGCUGGGGCUCUGCCGGGCUCCUUCUGAUCGGCGGCGCUCUUCUCUGCUGCCAGUGCAAGAAGCACAAGGAGCACGGCUACUCGGCCAAGUACUCUGCGCCGCGCUCGGCCGACAGCGGCGGGGCCUACGCGGCCCGGGCCCUGGUGAUCAUCUCCCUCCUUGUGGCCGUCAUGGGGCUCCUGCUGGCCACCGCCGGGGGCCAGUGCACCAACUGCAUUGAGGACGAGGCGGCCAAGAUCAAGGUGGCCAUCGUGGCGGGGGUCUUUUUCAUCGUGGCCGGCGUCCUGUGCCUCAUCCCCGUGUCGUGGUCCGCCAACGAGAUCAUCCGCAACUUCUACAACCCCAUCCUAAUGAGCGGCCAGAAGCGGGAGCUGGGCGCGUCCCUCUUCAUCGGCUGGGGCUCUGCCGGGCUCCUUCUGAUCGGCGGCGCUCUGCUCUGCUGCCAGUGCAAGAAGAACAAGGAGCACGGCUACUCGGCCAAGUACUCUGCGCCGCGCUCGGCCGCCAGCGGUAGGGCCUACGUCUGAGAGGACAGCAUCCUGUUCGGUUCUGCUGCGUCCUGCUGCAUGGAUCUUUUAACUUAGUUUGCAAAACAUUUUUAAAUGUAUGAAUAUUUUUUUAAGUAUUUUAUUGUUUCAAU